UUCUUUUAUUAUUUCUUUCAUUUCUCGAUCGUGAUUCUAUUGUUUUCCUAUACAUCGAUUCAAUAUACGUUGCGUAGUUUCGUUGAUCUCGCGGUGUAUGUUAGUGACGAUAUCCUCGAGUCCACCCAGUAUGUCGGAAAUAAUUACGCAAACUGUGGCGAAAACGGACGGCGAUGAUAAUGAUUGUAUCAUCAGUCUGGAACUUCUUGGCGAUCCUUGCGGCAAUAAUGCACAGAUCCCUUUCGAUCCUGAGAGCCAUGGACUCUCCGCGGAUUUUCAAUUAACGAAAUUCAGCGAUCCGCGAAGAAAGAGCUUGCAAUUGGAGCGACAAGAGAGGCAGUCGCUACUCGAUCUCUUCCACGAAAAGGAUGAAAAGGUGAAUCCUUACGCGGCGACGUGCAUUCACGAGAACACCCACGUUACAAAGUUGGACGAAGCUGGCGGAAUGAUACUGGUGGAAACAUUCAACGUUAUCCCGGCAGUCGUCGACGAUCCAUAUUUGAUGGGCAAGAUCGCUUACGCCGUCACCCACGGAGGCAUUCACUCGCUGGGUCUCUCCAGCAGCUCCAGCAGCAGGAUGAUCCUCGGCGUUUCCGACGUUAUGAAGGACGACGAGAGGAAGACGGUGUCGUCCAUGGCGAUACGUGGUUACGCGGACGCGGCGAAGACGGCCGUCAAGGAUUGUCAGGUCUUCCAAAACUCGUGGUGCCUGUUCGGCGGAAUCGCCACGGUAGUGUGCCAUCCUUACGAGAUAGUCCAACCCGUGGAUGCAACCGUCGGUGACGUCAUAGUGCUCACGAAACCGCUCGGCACGACGGUGGCGCUCACCAUAUCAGAAUGGAUGAAACAGCCUGAGAAGAGGAGCAGGCUAGUGUUGACUAUCACCGAGGAGAGCGCCGAAAAGGCUCGUUCCCGAGCCAUUGACUGUAUGAUCAGGACUAAUCAAAUCGCCGCUACGCUCAUGCGAAAGUACAACGCGCACGCCGCCUGCGAGAUAGGAUCCUACGGUAUUCUGGGCCACGCAGAUCUCCUGGCGCGACGACAGACAAACGACGUCAGUUUUAUAAUCCACAAUAUGCCGGUGAUCGCGCGGAUGAACGCCACGUCGAAGAUCAUGGGGAACGCGUUGCCCCUUCUACAGGGUGAAAUGCCCGAGGUGUCGGGAGGGUUGCUGGUUGUGUUACCGCGGGAACAAGCGGCCGCGUAUUGCAAGGCCCUGGAGGAGAUUGAGCGCAGGCAAGCGUGGAUCGUCGGGAUCGUCGAGAGCGGCGAUUACACCGCGCGAGUAAUCGAGAGACCACGAGUGAUCGAGGUGCCUGUUAAGGAUAACGGUGUCUUCUUAUGCUCUUGGUCCCGGAAUCGGUCCACGGACCACGCGUAUACCCUGGAGGAGGACACCGCGGCCCGUGAAGAGAGUACGCCGACGCCGGACGUCGUGGAGCCGGAGGAACCCGGCCGUCUGCACGACGAUCCGCAGGAGGAUGAUCCGUACGAAUACGACGACGACAUCAGGCUGCCGACGACCUCCGGCGAGCGCCGCGACGUCGAUUCCGAUGAUGACGACGUCGAGUGUCUGCCCCUGUUCGAAGCGGCGAAUUACCUCGUCUCGGGUUCCUCGGUGCCGACGACGAGAGUCAGUGCACCCUGCUGGGGAUGCAAGAAUUGCGCCGUCGAGGGCUUGCCGUUAUUCCUCCUCGGCUCGCCGACGGCGGAGGCAUCCUGCACGUGCACCUCCUUCUUAUGUAGCAACCGGGUGAGCCAAAUGACCAAGACCUAUAAUGACAUAGAGGCAGUUACAAGGCUUCUGGAGGAGAAAGAAAAAGACUUAGAGCUGACAGCGCGUAUCGGCAAAGAACUGCUGGCACAUAAUCAGAAGCUCGAAAGUACAGUGAACGCGUUAGAAGCUGAGCUCAAGGAAGCGAACGAGAAGAUCACCCAGUUGAAUCAUGAGGUAUUGAAGAAGACCGAGUUGAUACAGAUACUAACGAAUGAUGUGGACGAAUCUAGUUCGGAAGCCGGAACUCCCACCGGCUUCCGUGGAAUUAAUUUGGACACGCUGCAGAGGAAGGUUGGUUCUCUGGAGGAGGAAAACAAACAGCUACGAAGCGAAUUCGCCAAACUGGUGCAUGAUACUGACUAUUCCGAGGCACAGGAGGCACGUCUCGUAGAAAACAUUGCAGCGCAAUUAGCAAGUGCUAACAUGGAGGUGGACGGUAUAGCGGAUGAGCUCGGUCGUCAAAAGGAGGAGAAUCGACUGCAGCAUGAACAAAUAGUCAGUCUUACUGCUAAAUUAGCUGAAACGGAGCUCAGGCUCGCUCAGCUUAUGGCGGAGCACGAUGAAGUAGGAACGACUCUAGUCAUUACUAGGGAUAAUCAAAAUACACUUGCUAGUGAAUUAGCCGAAUUCAAGGAGCGAUACGCAGAGGUGGUAAAUCUCCUAGCUGAAACUCAAGAACAGUUGCGAAAACAAAGGAAACGUGGAAUGGGUGCGGCGCCUCAACCGGAUUCUAUCGCUUCGGAAUUGGAAUCGUCCCUUUAUUCGGAAUUGAGUCUCGACUCUGGAAUCAGUACAGGCGACAGAAUAUCAACGUACAAAAAGGUAUUCGAAACAGUUCGUAGCGCAUCCCGAGCGUCGUAUGCGGGUAUGGAUCCGAAUCAAUUCCCUAGGUUGGGCUCUAUGACGACAUCCACGUUAUCCAGCGGUUCUGCUGGUCCGCGAAUGAGUUGCGGACAAAUACGACCGCAGGCGUCUACGUUUCCUAGCUUGGAUUCCACCGGUAACAGUGAGAGUGAAGGUUCUUUACUUGCCGAGUCGGAAGAUUAUCCAGGACCGCAACGAACGGGUGUUCCUGGUGCUCCUGGUGCCGCUGAUCUGGAAGCCGCUUUGCGGCGUCUGACGCCGGCCGAGGUAUCGGCGAGGCGUGCGUGUCUCAGUACAGGCGCAGGUUAUAAUUACGAUUACGAUGGUGGCAUGUUACAUUCCCCGUCAACCUUCUUACCGUUCGACUGUCGCACUCCCGACAGUAUCAUGUCAACUGGCAGCUGCGGUAAUUUGAGCGGUUUUAGUGGCAAUAGCGGCAACGCUUGGCGUAUCCCACAGAAACUGCAGAUAGUUAAACCGAUGGAGGGCUCUCAGACGUUGCAUCAUUGGUCGCGAUUAGCGACGCCGACGCUAGGUGGAUUGCUGGAGGAUAGGCCGGGUGUGAAGACCAGGGGUGGUCGCGCUCUCGAGGAUCUCGGUCUCGUUACAUUCACUCUGAGUGAUCUGGAAGAGGACGAGGAAUACACAAAUCCCGGUAAACCUUUUCAGGAUACUGGUUCCAUUUACACAUUUACUAACAGCACCGUAAUGCAUCCGGACGAUCAUACUACUAGUAGCGUGACACCGAGCAUCGUCGGCAGCCGCGUCGCUACCGCGCCAAAUAGCGGUAUGAAUUCUGGUAUGAGCACUCCUCGCACGCAUAGUCGCCGCAAUUCAACAUCGACGUUCUCCACCACGCUAGGAUUAGCCAAAAUGCUGAACGAGAGAGGGAUCAAAGCCGUUACGCCUUCGUGCGUAGGUACACCUACCGACGAACGAAAUUUCUCGCCGACUGCUACACCGUGUAACAGCCCGGAUGCGAGUCUAUCGCCUACGAGAUCGUCGUCGCCGCCACCGUCACCAGAAAGUAGUGCUUCUCUGACAUUGGGAUUGCUCAGUAGCGGCGCGGAAUUAUUGAGGCGUACCUUCAGUUACGAAGUGCCAACAGCGCAAUCUAAGAAGAAGAGAUCGAAAUCAACGAUUACGCGCUCCGAGAAGAAGGCUCUCACGGGAAUACGUCUGGUCGAAAAAUUGGAAAGGAUCGGAAUUGAUACGAUUAUGGCUACCACGGUUAGCUCGUCGAUCUCGCCGCUAGCUCUACAAGGUGCUCUGUAUACGCGUCGCUCGACUGGAAGUCCAAUGGCACAACUGACUUUCCUCAAAACAUCCAUGUCCUCCAGUAUCAGCCAAGAGAAGCUAUCUCCAUCGUCUUCAACAUCCUCCGCCAGUGAUGAGUUUCCGUUGGGCAAAUCGCCAUUGCCGGGUAAACGAGACAACAGCAAGGAGCCCGAACCUAGUGUGUCCAAUUUGGCAUUUAACUCGAGAGCAGUGGGUCAGUCGCCAGAGCGACAACGACGAUCGGGUGUUAAAGCGACGAGGCCCGAUUUGGGACGAGUUAAGCCGCCAGUUUCAACGCCCGUUACUAAAGAAUCUACCAAACAGUCAGCAUUAGGAGCGAUAAGCUCACUUCUUUUUGGUCGUAAAGGCGGUUUACUAUAAAUAUUUUAUAGAGUCUGUAAGAAUGGAGAUUUAUCAAGCGGAUUAAUUGUUAACAAAAAUUUGCAAAAAAAAAAAAUCAUUUUUACUACAUUUUAUUGAAUGUAUGAUAUGCGCCUCUUUUUGAUUAUUUGCAUUUUGAUUUAUUUGUUUUCAUAUAAUACAGUUUUCUCAAAUUCAUCGUGAUGAAUUAGAUAAAAACGUCAAAUAAUCUUGAUGAAUGCAAUAACUUUAAUAAGUUUUACAAUCAGGUUACACUAUAUAUAUACUUUGUAUAGUAUAGUACGUAUUGUAUAGUAAGCACACUUAUCUUAUUUUAAGUUCUAUUAUAAAGAUUAUAAUGAAUUAAAAAUGCAAAUAUAGAUAGACCGAUCUCUUGAAUACACUUUAAAUAGUGAACACGAAAUUAUGUUCUAAGUCCUAUUUUGUGAUGAAUUAAAAACGGAACAGAUAUACAUACAUGGAAAGCUGAAUGUUUUGAUAAUUUGUAAUAAAUGAAUGAAAAUGUGGAAAGAAAUCUAUGAAAUAAUAAAAAGAUAAGUGAGAUUCUGUAAAGUAUUAGCUCAGAAAUGAAAAUACUAAAGAUUAUUUUAACUUAUGAUUGCGUUAUAAAAUCUUUGACUGUGUAUUUAUAGACUGCUAGUUGCUGCAUUCACGCAUCUUAUACUCUAACAAUAUAACAAACUAAGAACUAAAGUGUGUAUAUAAUGUAUAGUUUGUGCGCAUAUGUGUGGUUCACAAGAUUUGUAAAAUUAAAAUUUAAAAAAAGUUAAAAAAAGAGAAGAAAAAAAAGUUAUAUAUAAAAAUUAGUAUAAAUAUCAAAAUAUUUUUAAUACAUAUUAUUUAAUACUUUUUUGUAUAAAAGUCAGAAAAAAUAACGGCUACUAUUAUUGUAUUUAUUUUUUUUAUAUUAUCAAUAUUUAUAGUUGAGAUAAAUAUCUAAAUUUCAUGCAGAUUUAAUACAUCAAACAUCUACUACAUUGGGAACAUUUCACUCAAUUUUACUAUAAAUGCAAUUCUUAUACAUAUGCAGUACAUAUUUAUACAGUUGAAGGUUAAAAAUAUAUAUUCCUAAUGGUAUAACGCGAGUUACAAAUUAAAGGAGCUACAUAAUGGCAGAAUGGUUAGUGAAAUGAAUAACAUGUAUUUGAAAUUUAGAGUGAUGAUUGUGGAGAAUAAGUUAUUAUUACAUGAAUAUAUAUAUGAUAUAAAUAAUAUACAAAGAAAGAAUGCUGAGAAUAUGAUGCAUCCUACUAUCACACAUUUUAUGCAAUUUAGCACAAAGUCAAUCAAGAAAGGGAGAGAAAGAGUUUUGGUGCUAAUUUAUUUUUCUUUAGCAAAUACUUAAUACGACAAAGUUGUAAUAUCAUCAAUGCUAUUGUCAGUCUUUGCACAUGGAAGAUUGUGCAUUUAGUAUUGAUCAUCAAGUACUGUACAUAGUUGAAAUGUAGCAGGAUGGUAAAGGGCUUUUUUUUUUUAAGUAAUUUUCGUAACUUGCAAUAAUUUAUUGCAGCUUUUUAUUUCUUGCGAAUGGAGCUGAAUAUUAUGUAAGAAGAUUGCAACAUAUAAUAUAGAGAAGAAGAGUAUUUAGCUCGAUGCAGCUUUGUACAUAGACGUACAAAUUAAUAAAUUCAAUUAGAAAAUAACGCUGUGUUGCUGUCCUACCGUUCGCAUUUUUAUUAGUAUCUCCUUAUGUUAUUUUUUUGUUCAUUUAAAAGGCCUAGCUGGAAAAAUUACAGUGUAAUAGUUAUGUGCGUUAUUGUAAAUAGAGCGACUCUAAAGCGAUUGUAAAAACAUCAUGUUUUACUGCAAUUACAUACUGUAUACUAGUAUAUAAAGAAUGCAAUUUCAAUGAAAACAUGUUUAAGCAUAUUCUAAUAAUUAUUUAUUCCUGCAAGAUAGUAUUACAUAUUUUAGAGAUGUGAUUCCGAGAAGAAAAUUCUUGAGCUUAUCUUGUUCAUAAAAAACGAGUUAUAUAGUACAUAAAAGAAGAAAAUUAGAUAUUCUGCAUGAAAGACUUAGAGUGUAUUAAAAAAAUGCAUUUAGAUAGUUUGUAGAUCUCUCGCGAACAGCAGACGUAUCCAUAUCUUCAUUACAGAGUGUAUUACUAAGAAUCACAGUAAUUGCGGUAAAAUCAAAUGAAUGUACGACCAUUUCACGAAAUGAAUAACAAAGCAUUACAAUACACAGAUUUAAGUCAAUUAACUAUGAAAACUGAUAAAAUCUAUAGAAAGUAAAGACAUUGCAUAAAUGAAAUAAAAUAAGCAAAACGCAAAAGUAGUACAGUGUAAAAAGUUACACCAAUCUAAUUCAUUGAGAGUUUGUUUUACAUGAUCUGAUAAUACACACACUAAUAGAUUUUACACUUCAGUUUUCACAGUAAACGGACAAUACAUGUAAUAUAAACGCAAUGUAUUUUAUGAACCGACAAAAGUAAAUUAAUUUUCAUUAUUACAAAAAUUGAGAAGUUGUGCAUUACUUCAAUAAAGUAUGUCACUUUGGGAGAGAUACGAUUAUUAAAGCUAAGUAAGAUGUCAAUGUAUUACUAAGUGUGAUCCUGUACACUGAUGUCUGUUAGAUUUACUAUAAAUAACGAGGCCUUAGUACCUGUUCGGCUUUUGUUCGGUGUCUGAUAUUUUGUUUCAGAUUGUGAUAUCUUUAUGUCUGGCAUGUACUUGAAUUUCAUGUACUUACCAACGAUUUGCGUUGAUUUAUUCGAUUAUGUUUACGACAGGAAGCUCUUUACAGAAGGUGCUAUGUAAUCAUCUUAAACAGUAGAGAUAUGUCGUACCUCCAAAUUGAACAAUAAAUAUAUUUAAGUAUUAA